AUGAAGGUUUUGUUAAAGAUAUCUGUCUCACUCUGCAUUGUAGUGGUGAACUCCCAGCAGUGCAGUGUGUUUCAUGUCCACUUCAGUGGGUCAACUAUUAAGCAGUGGUGGGGAACAGAACUCGCAUUUAACAUCUACUCCAGGAAAAGCUCCUAGAAGAAAGUAUGUGGACACUUGUAUGACAGUAACCAAGUCUCUGCUGCUUUACCCAAGUUAUGUAUGUAUAGCUAGUAUAUACAGUGGGGGAAAAAAGUAUUUAGUCAGCCACCAAUUGUGCAAGUUCUCCCACUUAAAAAGAUGAGAGAGGCCUGUAAUUUUCAUCAUAGGUACACGUCAACUAUGACAGACAAAUUGAAAAAAUAUUUUCCAGAAAACCACAUUGUAGGAUUUUUAAUGAAUUUAUUUGCAAAUUAUGGUGGAAAAUAAGUAUUUGGUCACCUACAAACAAGCAAGAUUUCUGGCUCUCACAGACCUGUAACUUCUUCUUUAAGAGGCGCCUCUGUCCUCCACUCGUUACCUGUAUUAAUGGCACCUGUUUGAACUUGUUAUCAGUAUAAAAGACACCUGUCCACAACCUCAAACAGUCACACUCCAAACUCCACUAUGGCCAAGACCAAAGAGCUGUCAAAGGACACCAGAAACAAAAUUGUAGACCUGCACCAGGCUGGGAAGACUGAAUCUGCAAUAGGUAAGCAGCUUGGUUUGAAGAAAUCAACUGUGGGAGCAAUUAUUAGGAAAUGGAAGACAUACAAGACCACUGAUAAUCUCACUCGAUCUGGGGCUCCACGCAAGAUCUCACCCCGUGGGGUCAAAAUGAUCACAAGAGCGGUGAGCAAAAAUCCCAGAACCACACGGGGGGACCUAGUGAAUGACCUGCAGAGAGCUGGGACCAAAGUAACAAAGCCUACCAUCAGUAACACACUACGCCGCCAGGGACUCAAAUCCUGCAGUGCCAGACGUGUCCCCCUGCUUAAGCCAGUACAUGUCCAGGCCCGUCUGAAGUUUGCUAGAGUGCAUUUGGAUGAUCCAGAAGAGGAUUGGGAGAAUGUCAUAUGGUCAGAUGAAACCAAAAUAUAACUUUUUGGUAAAAACUCAACUCGUCGUGUUUGGAGGACAAAAAAUGCUGAGUUGCAUCCAAAGAACACCAUACCUACUGUGAAGCAUGAAGAUGAAACGUGGCUGGGUCUUUCAGCAUGACAAUGAUCCCAAACACACCGCCCGGGCAACGAAGGAGUGGCUUCGUAAGAAGCAUUUCAAGGUCCUGGAGUGGCCUAGCCAGUCUCCAGAUCUCAACCCCAUAGAAAAUCUUUGGAGGGAGUUGAAAGUCUGUGUUGCCCAGCGACAGCCCCAAAACAUCACUGCUCUAGAGGAGAUCUGCAUGGAGGAAUGGGCCAAAAUACCAGCAACAGUGUGUGAAAACCUUGUGAAGACUUACAGAAAACGUUUGACCUGUGUCAUUGCCAACAAAGGGUAUAUAACAAAGUAUUGAGAAACGUUUGUUAUUGACCAAAUACUUAUUUUCCACCAUAAUUUGCAAAUAAAUUCAUUAAAAAUCCUACAAUGUGAUUUUCUGGAUUUUUUUUUCUCAUUUUGUCUGUCAUAGUUGACGUGUACCUAUGAUGAAAAUGACAGGUCUCUCUCAUCUUUUUAAGUGGGAGAACUUGCACAAUUGGUGGCUGACUAAAUACUUUUUUCCCCCACUGUAGAUGGUAUAUUGCACCUGAAUGCUCAUGGAUGUGUUCUGCAGCCUGUAGCCAUUGGCAAGGCAGUGUUCCCCCUCCGCUGUCUACUGCAGAGGGAGCAGUUGAGUCAGACUAUCAUUCUGCCUUUCCAGAGUCUACAGGGGACUGGUGAGAGCCAGGGCAUCGGCCCCCUCAAGGUGAGCCUGCCUGCCACUGUCCACCAUUUUGUCUACAUCCCAAAUGGCACCCUAUUCCCUUCAUAGUGCUGUACUUUUGACCAGGGCCCAUAGGGAAUAGGAUUACAUAGGGAAUAGGGUACCAUUUGGGACAAAGCCUUUGUUACGUUCAUCAUAUUUAGGAGGUUCUUGACAUGUUGUUGAGUGUAGUUGGAAUAUUACUCAUCUCAAUAAAUCUCCCUCUCUUGGUUUCUCCAGGUGUCACUUGAACUGGCUGCAUACAGCAAAUAUUUAUCAUCAGCCAAUGGUCAAAGAUCAGCUGGAGCUGGUUCCAGAGCUCCCUCCUGUGCCCUGACCAGUCCCCAGAAAGAAUCUAGCCCCUCCAGGGUGGACACGAUGACCGUUAGGCCUCAGCAUCAGGACCCUAGAGGGGAGGAUACCCCUCUAUCUACUGUUACUAAUAGAGAUUCCAGGACGGGAAUAAGAACUGUGGCCCCACAGGGUCAGUAAAGGAAGAGAACAUGCUCAACUCAAAUCCUUGUGUGUAGUAGCAUACAAUACAUUUUCCUCUGUAGCUCAGCUGGUAGAGCACGGCGCUUGUAACGCCAAGGUAGUGGGUUCGAUCCCCGGGACCACCCCAUACACAAAAAAUGUAUGCAUGCAUGACUGUAAGUCGCUUUGGAUAAAAGCGUCUGCUAAAUGGCAUAUUAUUAUUAUUAUUAUUAUUAUUAUUAAACAAAUAAAAAGAGUACUAGGAACCAAAACUCAGUCACAUAAAUGUUUUUUUUAAUGGUCCCACAAGGUCCCUCGCCUCUUACCAGCCUCCAGACAUCUCACAGACCUCAGGCCCAUCAGGUGGUGGUGGAGGAGGAGGAGGACAGUGAGGUUCUGCUGCAUGCUUUGCUCAUGGUGCCUGAUGGAAAGGACUUUAACUGUGGACCCAUGCAGCCUCCUAAUGUCUACCUGAACUGUUAUCUCUUUGGCCAGGAUGAGACGUCCAGAUCAGUGAUCAGCUGGGGCCAGACAAAUCCGUGGUUUAAUUUAAUACAGGUAACUGAAGGAACUGAGAAUUUUAUACCCAGUCAGUGUGAUGCUGCUAAGGGAAGAGAAGGCUGGUGGGAGGAGCUAUAGGAGGAUGGGCUCAUUGGAAUGGUAUAAAUGGAGCAGAGUCAAACGUGGUUUCCAUAUGUUUAAUACCGUUCCUUUGAUUCCAUUCCAGUGAGCCCAUUACAAUGAGCCUGUCCUCCUAUAGCUCCUCCCACCAGCCUCCACUGGCUAAGGGUAUUCAUAUCAUAGGCGAUGAAAACCCCUCCCAAAUGGGCCCUCAGCCUAGUCAAAAGAAGUGCACUAUAAAGGGAAUAGGGUGCCCUUAUGAUGUGAUUCUAUCUGCUUGUUAGAUGUUGAGUUUAAAUACGUGUUUCUCCAGGUGGCUCCUGUGGCCUUGACCUCGAGAUUGCUGGAGAGAGGAUGAGGACAAUGUGAUGGUGAUUGAGGUUUGGCAGAGAGCAGGAAGCUCAGGGCAGGAUCGUCUCCAAGGGCUGGUCAAACUACCCCUCCACCAGUUCUACAUGUCCUUCAGGUGAGGGAAGGGUUUGAAAUAUCUUGUUAUAACUCAACCUUUGUUCUAUACAGUGCAUUCGGAAAGUAUUCAGACCCCUUGACUUUUUACACAUUUUGUUAUGUUACAGCCUUAUUCUAAAAUUGAUUAAAUCAUUUUUUUCCCCCUCGUCAAUCUAUACACAAUACCCCAUAAUGACAAAGCAAAAACAGGUUUCUUUUAAAUGUUUGCAAAAAACUGAAAUAUCACAUUUACAUAAGUAUUCAGACCCUUUACACAGUACUUUGUUGAAGCACCUUUGGCAGCGAUUACAGCCUCACGUCUUCUUUGGUAUGACGCUACAAGCUAGGUACACCUGUAUUUGGGGUGUCUUGGCUGUGUGGUUAGGGCUGUUGUCCUGUUGGAAGGUGAACCUUCACCCAAGUCUGAAAACCUGCUCCAGUGCGCUCAGGACUUCAUCAAGGAUCUCUCUGUACUUUGCUCCGUUCAUCUUUCCCUCGAUCCUGACUAGUCUCCCAGUCCCUGCCGCUGAAAAACAUCCCCACAGCAUGAUGCUGCCACCACAAUGCUUCACUGUAUGGAGGGUGCCAGGUUUCCUCCAGACGUGACGCUUGGCAUUCAGGCUAAAGAGUUCAAUCUUUGCUUCAUCAGACCAGAGAAUCUUGUUUCUCAUGGUCUGGGAGUCCUUUAGGUGCCUUUUGGCAAACUCCAAGCGGGCUGUCAUGUGCCUUUUACUGAGGAGUGGCUUCCGUCUGGCCACUCCACCAUAAAGGCCUGAUUGGUGGAGUGCUGCAGAGAUCGUUGUCCUUCUGGAAGGUUCUCCCAUCUCCACAGAGUAACUCUGUAACUCCAUCGGGUUCUUGGUCACGUCCCUGAUCAAGGCCUUUCUCCCCCGGAUUGCUCAGUUUGGCCGGGCGGCGAGCUCUAGGAAGAGUCUUGGUGAUUCCAAACUUCUUCAAUUUUUAAGAAUGAUGGAGGCCACUGUGUUCUUGGGGACGUUCAAUGCUGCAGAAUUGUUUUGGUACCCUUCGCCAGAUCUGUGCCUCGACACAAUCCUGUCUCGGAGCUCUACGGACAAUUCCUUCGACCUCAUGGCUUGGUUUUUGCUCUGACAUGCACUGUCAACUGUGGGACCUUUAUAUAGACAGGUGUGUGCCUUUCCAAAUCAUGUCCAAUCAAUUGGAUUUACCACAGGUGGACUCCAAUCAAGUUGUAGAAACAUCUCAAGGAUGAUCAAUGGAAACAGGAUGCACCUCAGCUCAAUUUCAAGUCUCAUAGCAAAGGGUCUGAAUACUUAUGUAAAUAAGGUAUUUCUGUUUUUUAUUUUUAAUACAUUUGCAAAAAUGUCAAAACUGUUUUCGCUUUGUCAUUAUGGGGUAUUGUGUGUAGAAUGUGUGUUAGAAUAAGGCUGUAACCUAAGAAAACGUGCAAAAAGUGAAGAGGUCUGAAUACUUUCCGAAUGCACUGUAUAUACACACAUUCAAAUACAAAAGCACAGUUAUGUGUCCACAAUCAAUACUUUAAUACACAAAUAAGUCCACAAUCAAUACUUUAAAACAUCAAGAUUAAAUGUAGUUUGAAUUUUGUUUCAGAAAUACGGUGCAUUAAAACUAAAAGCAGAUUUACCUAGCUCGGUGGAGACGUAGGAACCUUGAGUUAAGCAAUCCUGUGAACGGGUUAUGCAAGUUUAUGAAUUAGGGCCUUGUAAACAAAAAAGUGGUAAUGUAGAGAUCUACUGGUCUUUAGCGAAGUCCAGCCAACCUUUUGGUACAGGAUGCAGUGAUGAGUAUCAAAACUGUCACCUGUAACAAAACUAAGGGCACUAUGGUAUUUUUGGAGGGUGGGCAAUGAGCCUGUCAUAGCGGAUGUAAGCAAUGUCCCCACACGCUCUGGCAGCUUUCAUGGCUGGGAUAAGUUCUUUCCUCUUCUGGCGCACAGCUUCAGGAUAGUCCUCGUUGAGGAAGAUAUACGUUCCUCUCAAGUUCUUGGCUCUUUCCAGUACAGCUACCUUGUCCUUGAACCUCAGGAAGUUGACCACUAUCGGCCUGGGCUGGUGGUGGGUUUUCCAGUCCGGUGGGCACGCUCCACCUCAAUCUUCCUGUGGUCCAUCUUCAAUUUCUCAGAGAUCAUUUCCCUCACUUUGUCCUCAGACUCCGUCCAGGUCUCGUGGAGAUUCUGCAAUUCCGUCCACAACCAUCUUGUUCCGCCUUGAUUGUCCCUCGAGAUAGUCUGAUUUAUCCGUCAUUGUUAUCAUGGAUUCACACACAGAACUGAUGUCCUCUCUCAGUGACAUACAAAUUGCUGUCAUCUUGCUGUUCUCCUGUUUCAACUCAUCGAACUGACCCUGGGAGAACUGCAAACUGUUCUUCAGGUCCUGGACCUCUGGUCGGGUUAUCCAUUAUUUUAUUAGUUUAAUCCACCAGUAUUUGGACAAAACACUUGAAGCUGUUUUCUUGUUGUUGUAACAACUGCUUGUAGAACUAUUUUUGUUCGUUUUAAAAGAUCCUUCACGUGUGAUAGAGAGACACCACUGUCCUCAACGGUACUCCCACCGGCUUUGGUCUUUGUCAUGGUAGCUAGCAAUGUAGGUUACGCUGUUACUCCUCGCAGUUCCAGUCAGGGCAGGUCACAGGGAAGAUUGAAAACAACAAACAGCAGGGAUCUAGACAGUCACAAACCUGGGACAAUCCGCGGUCCCAGCCACAAUGGCUAACCACGUUGCGGGCUGUGUUCAAGCCCUCGAGAACCCCGCUAGCUGCUACGCCAAAUAGCUCCUCAGACCCGUCCUUGGACGGCAGGAUCACUGGACAGAGACUAGCAGUCUCAGCAACUGAUGCAAACUGCGUCGCGGAUCCAAACUAAAAAGUUAGCUAGCUACUAAGAACUUUCUAAUACACUUUCAAAACAACAAAACCGAGCUCUCCCUCGUUCUGCGUUCAACAGGAAGUGACGUGAAGUUUGGUGAUAGAUGGCAUCUACACUCAAUAAUUUGUUUCUCACAAACAUACACUCCCACAGGGAUUUGUCAGAGCAAGAUGAAACGUUCCAGUACUAUGCUGAUGUUGGGGUGAACGUGUACAUUACUGCCCAGCUCUACUUCCUGCCUGCGAGUGAGAGGCGCAGUACCUGUGUAGCCGCCAGGACCUUCUGCCUAGAAUCUGACCACCAUACUAAGUUCCCCUGUGAGCUGCAGGUGAUGGAGCUCACAUGAUGUAGAUGAAUGCCUGUAUUGUUGUCACACAAGUUUCCCUAUGGGACAAUAAAACAUUAAUUCAUUAAUUGAUUCAUGCAGGUCCAGACGGGCUCUGGGGAGACCUGCAGCCUGCCUUAGCUCCUGCAGGAGGCCACAGCUGUCUUCACAGUCUGGAAUAGAGACAGUCGCAAGGGUGAGGAAGCAGCUGCAAUGGGGUUUAUUCACCCAAUACUGUAAACAACAGUCGUAUCUGAGUGAUCUGAAAAGUCAUAGUCAAUCGAUCAAUAAUAUAGUAAUACUUUUAGCAAAAAUGUUUAUUUUCAAUUUACAAUCUGUAGAAACAAUGAGCAUAGAAAGGUUCAGAACAUUUGUGAAACAGCACAGUUAAAAAUAUAUGGCAAAUAGAAAUCCAAUAUGGAUGGUGUUAAAAUAUGGAUGGGAGGGGUUGAAUGGAGCUGAAGGUUGGGACUAAUAACAGCUAAUAACAACAAGAUAACUAAUGUAAAACAUACUGGGUCCGUAAGACGUUUAUAGGUUAAGAACUUUUGUGAAUGUCACGAUCGUCUGGGUAAGGAGUAGACCAAGGCGCAGCGUUGCAGGCAAACAUACUCAUUUAUUUAGUGAAACGCGAUCAAAACAACAAAAGACGGUAACGUGACAGUAAACGGUCAAACACAACCAACACGAAACAAGAACCCACAAAACACAAAGGAAAACCGACAGUUUAAAUAUGGCUCCCAAUCAGAGACAACCAGCAAACAGCUGACACUCGUUGCCUCUGAUUGGGAGUCACUCAGGCCAACCUAGACAUAGAACAACUAGACACUAAAACACAGCACAAAAACACACGGAAUCUACACACCCUGACUCAACAUAUAAAGUCCCCAGAGCCAGAGUGUGACAGUGAAAGAGCACAGUUUGAAAGAUAUGGCAAAUAGAAAUCAAGAAAUAGAUGGGAGAGGUUUAGGGUAGAGGAAGGACAGGAGUAAAAACAAACAAAAUAGAACUAUUGUAAAAUAGACUGUCCAUAAAAUGUAUAGAGUAUGUAUAAGCUGGAAGUAGAGGCCUAAGCAUUGUUGUUCGCUAGUUUACUCCCAUUAAGGGAGGGGUGGUAGGGUUAGAAAGUAAUAAAGAAAAAAAAAAAAAAAAAAGGAUAAAUAUAUAUAUAUAUAUAUAUAUAUCUCUAUCUAUACAGUUGAAGUCGGAAGUUUACAUACACCUUAGCCAAAUACAUUUAAACUCAGUUUUUCACAAUUCCUGACAUUUAAUCCUAGUAACAAUUCCCUGUUUUAGGUCAGUUAGGAUCACCACUUUAUUUUAAGAAUGUGAAAUGUCAGAAUAAUAGUAGAGAGAAUGAUUUAUUUCAGCUUUUAUUUAUUUCAUCACAUUCCCAGUGGGUCAGAAGUUUACAUACACUCAAUUAGAAUUUGGUAGCAUUGCCUUUAAAUUGUUUAACUUGGAUCAAACGUUUCAGGUAGCCUUCCACAAGCUUCCCACAAUAAGUUGGGUGAAUUUUGGCCCAUUCCUCCUGACAGAGCUGGUGUAACUGAGUCAGAUUUGUAGGCCUCCUUGCUCGAACACGCUUUUUCAGUUCUGCCCACAAAUAUUCUAUAGGAUUGAAGUCAGGGCUUUGUGAUGGCCACUCCAAUACCUUGACUUUGUUGUCCUUAAACCAUUUUGCCACAACUUUGGAAGUAUGCUUGGGUUCAUUGUCCAUUUGGAAGACCCAUUUGCGACCAAGCUUUAACUUCCUGACUGAUGUCUUGAGAUGUUGCUUCAAUAUAUCCACAUAAUUUUCCUUCCUCAUGAUGCUAUCUAUUUUGUGAAGUGCACCAGUCCCUCCUGCAGCAAAGCAACCCCACAGCAUGAUGCUGCCACCCCUGUGCUUCACGGUUGGGAUGGUGUUCUUCGGCUUGCAAGCCGUCCCGUUUUUCCUCCAAACAUAACGAUGGUCAUUAUGGCCAAACAGUUCUAUGUUUGUUUCAUCAGACCAGAGGACAUUUCUCCAAAAAGUACGAUCUUUGUCCCCAUGUGCAGUUGCAAACUGUUGUCUGGCUUUUUUAUGGCGGUUUUGGAGCAGUGGCUUCUUCCUUGCUGAGUGGCCUUUCAGGUUAUGUCGAUAUAGGACUCGUUUAACUGUGGAUAUAGAUACUUUUGUACCUGUUUCCUCCAGCAUCUUCACAAGGUCCUUUGCUGUUGUUCUUGGAUUUAUUUGCACUUUUCGCACCAAAGUACGUUCAUCUCUAGGAGACAGAAUGCGUCUCCUUCCUGAGCGGUAUGACGGCUGCGUGGUCCCAUGGUGUUUAUACUUGCGUACUAUUGUUUGUACAGAUGAACGUGGUACCUUCGGGCGUUGCUAUGAAGGAUGAACCAGACUUGUGGAGGUCUACAAUUAUUUUUCUGAGUUCUUGGCUGAUUUCUUUAGAUUUUCCUAUGAUGUCAAGCAAAGAGGCACUGAGUUUGAAGGUAGGCCUUGAAAUACAUCCACAGGUACACCUCCAAUUGACUCAAAUUAUGUCAAUUAGCCUAUCAAGCUUCUAAAGCCAUGACAUCAUUUUCUGGAAUUUUCCAAGCUGUUUAAAGGCACAGUCAAUUUAGUGUAUGUAAACUUCUGACCCACUGGAAUUGUGAUACAGUGAAUUAUAAUUGAAAUAAUCUGUCUGUAAGCAAUUGUUGGAAAAAUUACUUGUGUCAUGCACAAAGUAGAUGUCCUAACCGACUUGCCAAAACUAUAGUUUGUUAACAAGAAAUUUGUGGAGUGGUUGAAAAACGAGUUUUGAUGACUCCAACCUAAGUGUAUGUAAACUUCCGACUUCAACUGUAUAUCCUAUUUACAUAAUAAUUGGUUCACUGCAGCUCAAGUACUCGAUCCUACAAGUCGUAUAUUACAGUCAAGGAAAUGUUAUGUAAUGUUAUAAAAUCAAAUUUCACAGUUUGCUCAUCAUUUUCCUAACGUAACACUCAAUCAAAUGUAUUUAUAAAGCCCUUUUACAUCAGCAGUUGUCACAAAGUGUUUAUACAGAAACCCAGUCUAAAACCCCUGGGAUCCGUGGGUGGUUUGGAGUGUCUCUGCCUCAAGACCUGACCUCAUCAUCUCCCAGCCAUCACAUCUUAGUGAGCGGCGUGGACAUCUCCAUCAACUUUGCCCACCAUGCAGAUAGAGAGAGGGUCAUCACUGCCGGCUGGGAGGUGGGCAGGGAGGAACGGGUGGAGGAGCAGGAGGAGGAGCACGCCAGUGAGGGAGAGGCGUGGGCUGAGACUCGGAGGACUGUGUCCCUGGCCGUGUCCAUGCCCAGAGCCUGGCUGCCAGUCCACUGUCUCGUCCUGCCUGGACACAGCGUGCUGCAGCGCUCCACCUACUGCUACUUCAGAUAUAAUCUCUAUGACGCAGAGGCCUUCUGCUCCCAGCUCAGACACCUUUGCCUUGCUGUGGAGGAGGAGGGAGGUGGAGGGGAGGAGGGCCUGGCCACGGUGGCAUUCAGAGGAAGCAGGACAGUGGAGCUGAGGAGCAGCCAGCCCCUGCUGUGGUACCUCUGGGAGGAGAGGCUGGAGGUGCAGGUGUGGGUGUCCUUUGGGAAGGACAGGAGACCUAGGCCUCGUGACAUGGACCGGCUGGUGGGUUCAGCCUUCAUGGACCUCUCCUCCCUGGCCAAGAGGGCAAGGCACAAGCUGACUCUCAGUGGUACGUAAUCUAAUAAUACAUUUAAUAAAAAAAUAAUACAUUGUAUUUGCUCCUUUCAAGAUACCCAAGGACACUAGCAGAGGUAAAUAGAGAAAUAGUACUGAUAUAAAUAACAGUCAGUGAUGACCUCAAACUAAUCAAUGACUAUCUAGUCUUUUAAAUGCUAUGUUGUAUUAUGUUACAUAAGGGUCAUCAGUAACACACCUGUGUUUUGUUUGUGUAGGUGUGUACCCCCUGUUCAGGCGCACCGCCCCAGAUCUGAGUGGAGCUGCCCUGAGGGUCCACAUCACCCUGACCCCUGGAUCCCUCCCAGAGGAGCACACACCUGGAGGAGGGGACAGCCAGGACCAGGAGGAAUGUGACAGCCAGGGAGAGGAUGAGGAGGAGGGGACAGCCAGGACCAGGAGGAAUGUGACAGCCAGGGAGAGGAUGAGGAGGAGGGAGGGCAGGGAGGCCUCUUAUCCACAGCAGCUGUGUCCAGACAGUCUGGAGCACCCAGCAGGCACCAGACCAGGUCCUCCAUGAGUGUAGAGCCUUCACAGCCCUCUGAGGUCAGCAUGGAGGACACACUGUCACCAUCACUGAGGACAGAGCCAUGCACCUCAGUCUUAAAGGUACACAUAGACAAGGGCUCUGGUUAAAAGUAGUGCACAAAUAGGGAAUAGGGUGCCAUUUGGGACGCAUCCUUCCAGUAGGGUCAUCCAUAUUGAUUGUGUCCUUUAACACCUUGUUGAUGGUUGUGAGUGUUGUGUUGUCUCCUUGGCAGGCUGUCCUCUAGCUGAGCGUAGUGGAGGGCUGCCUAGAUGUUGUGUGUCCUACCAGUCACCACAGCUCUCAUAGCAGACAGUCACUGCCCCAUCUGGGACCACCAGCAGGAGUGCAGGUAGACUACCUUUGUACCAUCUAUAGCUUACUUCAGAUGUUUAGACAACACAUACUGUUUAUGUAAUAUUCAGGUUUAAUGGGCCCAAAGAUGUAAUGGUUACCAAUCCAUAUUAUUGAAUGUUUGGAUGAUUAUGAACAAAUGUGUUGAUGAGAUUAUUGGAACCAGCUUAGUUGAGAAUGACCUCUGUCAGACCAUGUCAUGAUGAACUGAUCUACUGUUUGAUAAUCACAGGAUGUCAAAGCAGCUACUUCUUGAUCCACAACAGUCCCUUGGAGGUACAGUACAGCAAUGUAGUAACACACAAUAAUACUCUAGCUAACAGCCAACAAUUCUUGAAGGGGAUAAAGUUAAUGUUGUUUUAAUAUGUGGAAUGCACUUCUUCAAUGGUGCUGUGUCUUGCCUUGUUAGAUAUGGAGCGGGUGAUUGGGUUUUCCUCAGUGGACCUGUCCCUUCUCCUGUCAGGUUUCCAGUCACUGUGUGGCUGGUACAACAUCACUGACUUCAAUAGCUAGUGCCAGGUUGGGGAGGUUAACAACCUCAUCAGUGGUGAGAUGCUUUCACAUCUCCUAAUCGGUCCCAAAUGGCACCUUAUUCCCAUAGGGCUCUGUUCAAAAGUAGUGCACUAUAUAGGGAAUAGGGUGCGAUUUGGGACACAUACCUAUUCAAAGGGUGUCCAAAAUAUGUUACUUAAUGUCUAAGUCUUGGGGAUUGCCUUGUUGAUACAUUAUUAUUAUUAUACUAUUAUUACAGUCAGGCCACUCAACACAUCCCUCUCCUUUCUCCAAGUCUACAGGGACAUCAUCGCAUGGAGACGAUACCUUCUAGCCCCCAGACCAGCUCAACAACUCCCCCUGUUCCAGAUGACCACCUUCUGCCUGAGGGCUCUGAAACAUUCCCCCAGAGUGCUCUAUGUUCCCACAAAGCAUCCGGCUCCCCCCAGGAGGACAUUUCUCCUGUCCCUUCACCUGUACCAAGUAUGUCUCAGGAACAUGAUGAUUCUCAGGCUGAUGAAGAGCAGGAGGAGGACAAGACCCCUGCCUCUGAAGAGGUCCCAGAGAGGAGGAGGAGGACGAUGGAGGUUAUGAGGAGACAGUGGUGGAGCCCAGGCCUCUGAAUGAGGCCACAUCUCUAACAGACAGAACCAGCCCUGUGUCCAGCCUGCUGUCAGACCAAGACCUGGGCUCUCUGGAGACUCUGGCGGCACCAGAGGAGCACCAAGCCUCAGACUACUCCUACCAGCCCAGCCUCACCCAACAGGAGAGGGAGAGGUUAGGUCUGCAGAAUGACACCCUGAAGGCUUGGAGCUCUGAUGAGCCCAUAGGCAGCAGACUAGAGGAGAGGGGGCAACAUGUUCUCUCAAGGACCAGACACAGACGAGGAGGCAGACACUGUGAGAGAUGGUGAGAGGACACUCCAAACCUCUGACCAUGAGGCAGCACUACAUCAGGAGACCAUCACUGCUCCUCUACAUGAGUCCUUAUUGUGCAGUGGAGAGACUGGUAGCAGGGUUCCUGGUGACAGAGAUGCUUUGUCAGAGGAUGAGACCCCCGGGUUGUUGCACGACACAGCUGCUUUCUAAGAAGAUGACACAGAACAUGUCGUUGGCACAUCUGACGCAUAUCAGCCAGAAACAUUCCUACACAGAGAAACAGUAUCCUUACAUUGUCAGCGUUGUUUACUUGCCUCUCUUUAUGUUAUUCUAUCUGUUUAGCUUUAGCUGAUUUUCAUUGAUGUAGUGUUUACAGUUUUAACAUGGACCCAAGAAUAAGUACAGUACCUGCAUGCUUGGUUUUUGCUUGUUCCUUAACUGCCUCUUGUCCAGCGCUGACCCUGUGGAGAUCCCUCAUUUCUUCCUCUCAUCUCACCACAUGGAGGCUUCUAUGAGAGCUCUACGCAUAGCACCAAUCUUCCCCCUUGCCUCUUCUGACCCAGUAAGUAUCAGCCCUCUACCAUCUUUCUCUCGCUGCCUCAAUCCCCUUUGAACUGAGUUCUACUGGUAUAGCAGGUUUCUGGAAGUCUAGACAUGAGUAACGGUCACACAGAUAAAAAUGUAGAGUAGUAGCAAAUUCCACUAUGUAAGAUGAUCGUAAGACUUAUUCACUCUCGUUGCAUUACGAGCCAUGGGUUACAGAAUAUUGAGUCAUUCAUUCUAUCAGGCAUUGUAUGGAGCCCACUGCUGACUAAUGAGGAAACCGGCAGCGUUGCUCUACAGUCUUGAAGUUGCCAAGUCAUCAUCUUCCAGUGCCAAUAUCCUCUCAUACCAAUGCCAAAGGACAGAGUUACUAGUAGGUCACUAUGUGCCAUUCCUCGUCCAGCUUGGCUCUAGGCGAGUAAAGGGGGUCAGUAUAGGAGUCACACAGAGUGCACCAGUCUAGACCAGUCUAGUGACUGCAAGAACUGAGCCAGUGCAGCAGCUAGGAGUAUGAGGUCACCGCCUGCCUUCAAAUAUACAGGGGAGAGAACAAGUAUUUGAUACACUGCCGAUUUUGCAGAUUUUCCUACUUACAAAGCAUGUAGAGGUCUGUCAUUUUUAUCAUAGGUACACUUCAACUGUGAGAGACGGAAUCUAAAACAAAAAUCCAGAAAAUCACAUUGCAUGAUUUUUAAGUAAUUAAUUUGCUUUUUAUUGCAUGACAUAAGUAUUUGAUCACCUACCAACCAGUAAGAAUUCCGGCUCUCACAGACCUGUUAGUUUUUCUUUAAGAAGCCCUCCUGUUCUCCACUCAUUACCUGUAUUAACUGCACCUGUUUGAACUCGUUACCUGUAUAAAAGACACCUGUCCACACACUCAAUCAAACAGACUCCAACCUCUCCACAAUGGCCAAGACCAGAGAGCUGUGUAAGGACAUCAGGGAUAGAAUUGUAGACCUGCACAAGGCUGGGAUGGGCUACAGGACAAUAGGCAAGCAGCUUGGUGAGAAGGCAACAACUGUUGGCACAAUUAUUAGAAAAUGGAAGAAGUUCAAGAUGACGGUCAAUCACCCUCGGUCUGGGGCUCCAUGCAAGAUCUCAUCUCGUGGGGCAUCAAUGAUCAUGAGGAAGGUGAGGGAUCAGCCCAGAACUACACGGCAGGACCUGGUCAAUGACCUGAAGAGAGCUGGGACCACAGUCUCAAAGAAAACCAUUAGUAACACACUACGCCGUCAUGGAUUAAAAUCCUGCAGCGCACGCAAGGUCCCCCUGCUCAAGCCAGCGCAUGUCCAGGCCCGUCUGAAGUUUGCAAAUGACCAUCUGGAUGAUCCAGAGGAGGAAUGGGAGAAGGUCAUGUGGUCUGAUGAGACAAAAAUAGAGCUUUUUGGUCUAAACUCCACUCGCCGUGUUUGGAGGAAGAAGAAGGAUGAGUACAACCCCAAGAACACCAUCCCAACCGUGAAGCAUGGAGGUGGAAACAUCAUUCUUUGGGGAUGCUUUUCUGCAAAGGGGACAGGACGACUGCACCGUAUUGAGGGGAGGAUGGAUGGGGCCAUGUUUCGCGAGAUCUUGGCCAACAACCUCCUUCCCUCAGUAAGAGCAUUGAAGAUGGGUCGUGGCUGGGUCUUCCAGCAUGACAACGACCCGAAACACACAGCCAGGGCAACUAAGGAGUGGCUCCGUAAGAAGCAUCUCAAGGUCCUGGAGUGGCCUAGCCAGUCUCCAGACCUGAACCCAAUAGAAAAUCUUUGGAGGGAGCUGAAAGUCUGUAUUGCCCAGCGACAGCUCCGAAACCUGAAGGAUCUGGAGAAGGUCUGUAUGGAGGAGUGGGCCAAAAUCUCUGCUGCAGUGUGUGCAAACCUGGUCAAGACCUACAGGAAACGUAUGAUCUCUGUAAUUGCAAACAAAGGUUUCUGUACCAAAUAUUAAGUUCUGCUUUUCUGAUGUAUCAAAUACGUAUGUCAUGCAAUAAAAUGCAAAUUAAUUACUUAAAAAUCAUACAAUGUGAUUUUCUGGAUUUUUGUUUUAGAUUCCGUCUCUCACAGUUGAAGUGUACCUAUGAUAAAAAUUACAGACCUCUACAUGCUUUGUAAGUAGGAAAACCUGCAAAAUCGGCAGUGUAUCAAAUACUUGUUUUCCCCACUGUAGGUCUGAGGUGAGGGUUUUUAUCAUGAGAGGAACUGUCCUUUCUGCCCUGAGGAUUGACCCACUCUUUAGCAGUGGGGUGGUCUCUCUCAAAUGGUUUUCAUUGCUAUUGAGCUAAGGAGAAAAUAACCGUUAGGCUCAUCUCUAGAAAGAGGGAGAGACACCAGACUCAGGGUGCGCUGCACGCCAUUGGCUGGAAUAUCAUAAAAUGAGAAUCCCUGAGUGUCUUUCCAUCUCAACAUUGUGUUGACCUUUAACUGUGGGGUCACAGUCACUCGGCUGAUAUCUGUCUUGUGUGGUUACACACUGGGCAGUCUGGCUAUGGGAGAUUCAGGCCUUAUUUUUUGUGAGAAAUCAACAUGUGUCUUAUCUUUUAUCAUUAAUAGCUCCGGAGUUGUUGUUCUAAUGAGAAUAAUCAUUAGGGUUUGGCUCGUAACUCAGUUCAACUGUGGCGAUAGAGAGGUAUGCCUGCCUGUCCAGUCCCCUGCGUCAGACUGGCAUGUAUCCAGUUUCAAGAAGGGGGUGUGA